UUAUAUAAUGGAGACUUCAGCGCUUUGCCCAUCGGCCGAUUUGGAAAGGUGUGUCGGUGUGUUGGCGUUUUGCGGCAUUUUGGAUCCUACACACUUUAGACUGAACUGUUGGAUAAGUCACCAGUCCUUGAACCCAGAGAUGAAGGUCUUAAUAGUUCUUGCGGUAAUCUCCACGUUGGGGUUGGUCAGUGCUCAGUAUGAUUACAACUUGGCUUUGAAGAAGUCAAUUUUGUUCUACGAAGCACAACGAUCAGGCAAGCUUACUAACAAUCGCAUUGAUUGGCGAGGCGACACUUUCUUGAACGAUGGUUCAGAUGUUGGCGUUGACUUGUCUGGUGGCUAUUUUGACGCUGGUGAUCACGUCAAAUUUGGCUACCCCUUUGCUCAUUCUAUGAUUUUCCUUGCAUGGGGUAUGAUCGACUACAGGGAUGCUUACACGGCGGCAGGAGAGCUUGAAAAUGGUCUAGCAGCCCUUCGCUGGGGAGCUGACUGGAUCUUGAAGGCUACGAAAUUGGACCAAGGUAAAGUUUACGGACAAGCUGGAAACGGAGGAGCAGAUCACGCUUAUUGGGGACGACCAGAAGAUUGGCCAGCUAGUCAAGUUCGCCCCUCGUACGCAAUCACCACUAGUCAACCAGGCACAGAUCUGGCAGCCAACUACGCCUCCGCUUUGGCCGCUACGUCGGUCGCCAUCGGUAGCUCUGACGCCGCAUACUCGGCCAAUCUUCUUGCCGUUGCUCGACAACUGUAUGACUUUGCCAAGACUUACCGGGGUAUUUACUCCCAGUCGAUCGCCGAUGCUGGAUCCUAUUAUUCGGCAUACGCAUAUGAAGAUGAAUUGACAUUUGCUGCUGGAAUGCUUGCACUCGCCACUAAUGAGCAAGCCUACAAAACAGACGCAGCCAACUUCUGGAACGAAUUUGGCUAUGGCACCUCCGUCCAGACUUUCUUCGACUGGGAUAACAAGAUGGCCGGAAUUGCUGUUCUUCUUUCUCGUAUUCUAGGCGACCAAAAAUACAAGACAUCCGCCCAAGCUCAUUGCGAUUACUGGAUCAACACCGAGCGUAGAACACCAAAGGGAUUAGUCUUCAUUCUUGAAUGGGGAAGUCUCCGUCAUGCCUCCAAUGCUGCCUUUGGCUGUUUGUUAGUGGCUGACUCUGGUAUCGGUGACGCUGCCGCCUACAAAGCUUUUGCCAAACAACAGAUUGAUUACGCCCUAGGCUCUACUGGCCGAAGCUACGUCGUCGGCUUUGGUAACAAUCCUCCAGUCAAAUGCCAUCACAGAGGAGCGUCCUGCCCCGAUAUGCCGGCUCCUUGCGGAUGGAAUGAGUACAACAGCCCCAACCCCAAUGGACAAGUCCUCGAAGGAGCUCUUGUUGGUGGACCGGAUAUUAACGACAACUACAAUGACGCUCGUGACGACUACAGAGCAAACGAGGUCGCGCUCGACUACAACGCUGGCUUCCAAAGUGCUUUGGCUGGUCUAAUCAACGCCGGAUUUUAAACAUUUUAAAUUUUCUGCAUAUUACUUUUUACUACAUUGAGAAAUACAAAAUAGUGUUAUAUAGUCA